AUGAUUUUCAAAUAUAAUUCAAUUACAAUAUUUGAGUUGUUAGGCUUUAAAACAUUUAGCCUGUAUGCUAAUGACUUUCCUAUACAUUUGUUCAAUUCAUUGAAACAAUUAUAUGGUAAAUAUUUUGAUUUACCCAAAUUGAGAAGUAAACUUUUGGUUGUCUACUUCACAGUAGAAUUUCAAAAACCUAAUGUUCACGAUCUUUUAAUUUAUUUAAAACCAACAAAUUUGGACAAAAACUUACCUCAAGCAACAAAAUUGAAAUCAUUGAUAUUAACCAUCCCAGCUACAAGUGCAUCAGCAGAACGAUAA